AUGGCAUGCCAGAUAAUCAGUCUUGGUGCGACUCUCACCCAUCUUUGGGUUCCUGACAGCAAGAAUGGAACCAGGGACGUGGUCCUCGGUUUCGAUGACCUGACAGCCUAUCGGACCAAGUACGAUCCAUAUUUCGGCGCAAGUGUAGGAAGAACGGCCAACAGAAUUGCUCAAGGCCAAUUCUCUCUACCUCAUAAUCCGAAUGUCAUCUACAAGCUAGAUCAGAACAACGGUCCUAAUUCGCUUCACGGUGGCAUCGACGGCUUCUCGUUUCGGAACUGGGAUGUUGACCUACCAGCUGAAUCGGAUAAAGGAGAGCACAGAGGAACCACUCUGCGCCUCAGCCUGACUUCCGACCACAUGGAUCAAGGGUUUCCUGGUAAAAUCCAUGUCCAAUGCACGUACCGCCUUGUCAACUCUUCAUUAGAGAUCGUUUACGAGGCACAGCUUGCAGGGAAUGCCAACGACGACAAUCAACAAAUGACGAUCGCCUCCUUGACAAACCAUGCGUAUUUCAAUCUCAACGGUGUCCCUACACCGGAGGCAGUCAACGAGAUCUCGACGUCCCUUGUCACAAAUCACGUUGUGGAAAUGUUCAAUGUCGACAGCUACCUGGAAACGGAUUCUACGUCUGUCCCCACGGGCACUAUCCUGCCGCUCGACGUGGCCUCUGUGAUGGAUUUCAGGGUGCCGAAGACGUUCGGGGACCACAUCACUCAGACCCCUGGUGGCGGACAUGGCUACGACCACUUUUACCCUGUUCAAGCUGCCAUCAACUCACCCCAGGACUACCAUCUCACCCAGGAUAUCCAUCGAGUGGCGCCAAUAGCCCUAAUCAAGGUCCACUCCCCUGAAUCGGGUAUUCACAUGACUAUGGCAACCACUGAACCUGGGUUCCAGCUAUACACGGCCAAUUUCGUCCAGCUGGAUCCAGAUCAAGUCGAUAUGAACCCUGACAACAGCAAGGAUACGACAGACCACUUUCGACGCGUUGGAAAGGCACGCGGUGGAUACAGGCCCCACUCUGCUUUCUGUCUGGAGGCAUCCAAAUUUCCAGACGCGAUUAAUCAUCCUGCGUGGAGGGACCAGGUCAUCCUUCGUCAUGGCUUCAAGUACCAGUCCAAAACCACAUAUGCCUUUACAGCAAAGUAA